AUGAGCCACUCCUCAGCCCGCACCUCCACCUCCUAUCGCCGCACUUUUGGGAGUGCCACCCCCAUGGGCUCCUACACGCCCCACACCUCCCGGGUGUCCUUCGGAGGGGGGCGCUAUCUAAGCUCCAUGCCCUCCACCGUGACCCGCUCUGGGGGCUACCGCCUCCGCUCCAGCAGCUCUCCGGCCCCCCGCCUGUCCUACGACAAGGUGGACUUCUCCCUGGCCGAGGCCGUCAACCAGGAGUUCCUGACCACCCGGAGCAAUGAGAAGGCGGAGCUGCAGGAGCUGAACGACCGCUUCGCCAGCUUCAUUGAGAAGGUGCGCUACCUGGAGCAGCAGAACAACACCCUGCAGACGGAGCUGAGCCAGUACAAGGGGCAGCAGCAGGAGCCCAGCCGGGCCGACGAGCUCUUCCAGCGGGAGAUCCGCGAACUGCGCCGGCAGCUGGAGCUCAUGGGGAAGGAGAGGGACCAGUUCCAGGUGGAGAGGGACAACCUUGCCGAGGACCUGGCCCUUGUCAAGCAGAGGCUGGAGGAGGAGACUCAGAAGAGAGCCGAGGCAGAGAACAACCUGGUCCUCUUCCGUAAGGAUGUGGAUGAUGCAACCCUGUCCCGCCUGGAGCUGGAAAGGAGGAUUGAGUCUCUGAUGGAUGAGAUCGAGUUCCUGAAGAAACUGCACGAUGAGGAGAUACAGGAUGUGCAGGUGAGCGUGCAGACCCAGCAGUUGAAGAUGGAGAUGGAUUCCCCUCGGCCCGACCUCACCACUGCACUGCGUGACAUCCGGGCCCAGUAUGAGAACAUUGCCGCUAAGAACAUGCAGGAGUCCGAGGAGUGGUACAAGUCCAAGUUUGCUGACCUGACUGAUUCGGCCAAGCGCAACUCAGAGGCACUGCGACAGGCCAAGCAGGAAGCCAACGAUGCCAGGAGGCAAAUCCAGUCCCUGACCUGUGAGAUUGAUGCGCUCAAGAGCACGAAUGAGGCCUUGCUGAGGCAGAUGCGUGACAUGGAGGAGCAGUUCUCUGUGGAGGCUGGCGGCUACCAGGACACGGUUUCCCGGCUGGAGGAGGAGAUCCGCCACCUGAAGGAUGAGAUGUCUCGCCACCUAAGGGAGUACCAGGACCUGCUCAAUGUCAAGAUGGCCCUGGACAUUGAGAUUGCCACCUACCGCAAGCUGCUGGAGGGAGAGGAGAGCAGGAUUACUGUUCCUAUCAAUGUCUCCUCCAUGAGUGGUCAACACAAUGCUGACAUCGACCAUACCCCGGACACCCACAGCAAGAAGUCUGUGGUGAUAAAGACUGUUGAGACUCGUGAUGGAGAGGUGGUGAAGGAGUCCAGGAAGGACAGGGACACUGACCGCGAUGAUUAGAGGGAUGACCUCCGCUGCU